AUGUCUGCUACAUCGACGCCACCGGCAGAAGGCCACGCAGCCGUUCUGGCGAACCCCACCAUGCUGCCCCAAGAUGUGACGCUUCGCGACAGGUUCGUGUGCGGCAUCCGCGACGAGCACCUCCAGCAGCGUCUGUUCGCGGAGAAAGACUUGACUUUUCAACGCGCGUUGGACUUGGCACUGUCGUCCGAAAGUGCGUCGAAGCAGCAACGAGGACUUAAGGGAGCGACGAGCUCUGCGGAGGUGCACAAGACUUCGCAGUCUAAAAAGGAAAGCAAACAUUCGGCUCAGCAACGGCGCUGCUACCGAUGCGACGGCUGGCACGAGGCUGACACCUGCAAGUUCAGGACAGCGCAAUGCCGUUUUUGUUCCAAAAAGAGUCACAUCGAGAACGCCUGCAUCUCCAAAAAGAAGAAAAACAAAGAAGGCAACCUCAACGCCCGCAAGGAACUCACAUGGUUAACGCCCAACCUGUGUGCUACGACCUCGAAGACACCGAUAGGUGCUACGACCUACAUGCCUGAGGCUACCUACCACCAAACGUGGCCAUCGAACGCCCCAAAGCUUUCGAGAGAACCCCUAGACUUACGCACCUGGUCAGGGGAAGAACUUGACACCGUCGGUUCGGCACAGGUUCGUGUGCGUUUCAAAUCAAAGGACUACGUGCUGCCCCUGCUGGUAAUGAAAGGGACUGGGUGCAACCUGCUCGGACGUGACUGGUUUUCAGCACUGAACAUCCGUGUUCACGGAAUAAACCAGGUCGCCGAACCAAGUCAAGAGAUCCAGGAGGUUCUCGCACGCCAUCCUGAUGUAUUUAAGGAAGGUAUCGACGGCUACGUGGGUCCAUUGGUUCACUUGGACUUGGAAGAAGGUGCCACACCCAAAUUUUGCAAAGCACGUCCAGUGCCCCUAGCUUACCAAGAGCCUAUGGAGGAAGACCUCGACCGCCUGCAAAAACAAGGCAUCCUAGAGCCUACGCAACACGCCGAAAUGGCCACACCUUUGGUGUGGGCCUAUCAGCAGCUAAGAGUGGACGACGAGACAGCCGCAUUCCUCACCGUCAACACCACCAAAGGACUGUUCAAGGUGAAUCGCCUCCCUUUUGGAGUAUCCGCUGCACCAGCCAUCUUCCAGCGGAUGAUGGAGACGACACUGGCCCGAAUUCAGGGGGUGAGUGUCUACCUUGACGACAUUAUUGUCAGCGGGAAGGAGGUUAAAGAGCAUGCGCAACGUCUAGAGGAAGUCCUGUCGAGGCUAAGCGACAAAGGUCUGCGACUCAAGCAAGAGAAGUGCCGCUUCGGCAUCAGCUCAGUCCAAUUUCUCGGUCAUAAAAUCGAUGCUCAGGGUGUCCAUACGACCGAAGAAAAGGUAAAGGCAAUCCUUGAGGCGCCAAAACCGACUGACAAGACCUCUCUGCAGGCUUUCUUAGGGCUUCUCGCUUUUUACGAUCGUUUUUUGGAGAACAGAGCGACGGUAGCUGCAGAGUUGUAUGGGCUUCUCGAGAAGAACACGCCCUGGAAGUGGGAGAAAAAACAUCAGGAUGCGUUCGAGAUGCUUAAGAAGAUGAUUCGGUCUUCGACAGUCCUUGCGCAUUAUGAUGAAAAAAGGCCUCUCAUUCUGUCUGUGGAUGCGUCACCAUACGGCAUCGGCGCAAUUCUCGCUCAAAAGGAUGCGUUCGGCCGAGAGGCUCCCAUUGCAUUCGCGUCACGAACUUUGGGAACCGCUGAGAAAAACUACUCGCAGCUCGAUAAAGAGGGCCUUGCGGUAGUUUAUGGCGUCAGCCACUUUCACCAGUAUGUCGCUGGCCGGCACGUGACCGUAUUAACGGAUCACCAACCGCUCCUAGGCAUCAUGGGGGAAAAGAAGCAAAUCCUUCAGAUAUUGUCACCGAGGAUGACUCGAUGGUAUCUGAAAUUGGCUACAUACGACUACGAUUUGGUCUACAGGCCUGGACGCCUGCACCAAAAUGCUGACGCACUCAGCCGGCUGCCACUGCCCGCGCAGGUAGAUGAGCCAUGCUCCCCGGGAGAUGUGCUUAUGCUUGCAUCCGCGCCACGUUUCGAGCUGUCACCGCGUCAACUGGCUGAGCUGACCCGGAAUGACCCACUGUUAUCCCGCGUCAUGACAGCCAUCUCAAACGGAGAACUACGCCGGUUGACCAAGCAGGAAUUUUCGGCCUUCACAAAGCUUGGACACGAGCUUUCGCUACAGGAAGGCUGCGUUAUCCGUGGUGCCAGACUGGUCGUUCCAGAGAAAGCAAGGAAAGACGUGCUCGACUUAGCACAUGCAGGUCACAGGGGCGUGGUAGCUAUGAAGGCGUGCGCUCGAGGCUAUUUUUGGUGUCCCGGUGUCCACAACGACAUAGAGCGGGUGGUCAAAAGUUGUGCAACUUGCUGCCAGCACCAGAAAACGCCAACUAGAGCACCAGCUCCCGAGUGGAAACGUGCGACAACACCAUGGCACACAAUCCACGCCGAUUUCGCUGGGCCUGUGGAGGGAAGGAUGCUCCUAAUUGUAGUGGACGCAUACAGCAAGUGGCUCGAAGCGCGCACCAUGCGGAACAUACAGUCGCAGACACUGAUCGAGGAACUGCGAAACCUGUUCGCAACUUUCGGCAUUCCUGAAAGGCGGAAGCACCGCCGCCGCAUGAUCUGCCCACAACGCCCGACUCCGAGCAUAGCGAAGCUGAGGCCGGGCUGGACACUUGUGCGACGCAAGCUCGCGAUGACCAACCCAGCGGGUCCGCGCAGCACCAAAGUGCGCCUAGGCCCCAACGUGAUCGGCGUCCACCUGACCGAUACGGUGACCCCGUCUAAGGGCCGACGGCAGGACCCUCCUGGAGCGCCUUCGCAGCCAGCCAAGGUCACGGAUGGGCGGUCUCUGUCAACUCUACCACCAGAUGGUCCCGCACCCGCCAGUUCCGGUUGCCCGUCCGCCGCCCCAUCACCGGCCACCCGAGGUCCACCUGUCCCAAUGGUUGGGGCCACCAAGCGCUGCACACCUGCGGCAGCACUGCAGCAGGCUGCCGCCUCCAAGCUCCAGGAGCAACUGGAAGGGCGGCUACAGGUCUUCACCUACGGAUCCGUCAUGCCAGACGGGACUGCAGCGGCGGCGUGCGUCAUCCCGUCCAAGGCCAUCAGCAGGCAGUGCCGGCUGCCCUUCCCGGCGAGCUCCACGGCUGCGGAGUUGGCCGGACUUCACCUGGCGGCGGACCUGCUGACCGAGGACAUCCCAGCCGUGCCGAUUGCGGUCCUCUGCGACGGCAAGGCGGCACUGCAGACGCUGGCCAAUCAUCGCCGCGCCGGGCUCACUGGAAACCUCCUGGAAACCAAGUUUCGGGUCCUCACGGCAUCCGGGGCAUCUCCUUCCACUGGCUGCCCUCUCACGUCGGCAUAG